AUUUGUCCCAUUCACUACCAGAAUCAUGAAAUCAUCAUCACGCAAGUAGUACCCAAACAGUCCUCACCGCAAUAACCGCACCAGCCCUCCACACCGCACACACCUCACGCCGUCCCAGACCAGCCACCUCCAGACCUGCAUUCAUCACCUUCCUCCCCGCCACCAGCCAUGCCUUCAUCACCUCCAGCCCAGGCCGUGACUUCCCCACCCAACGAUAGCCCACUGGUUUCUUCGACCAUAACUAGUCCACUCUCCUCUAUUCCGGCUACCACCCAGAAUAUUCAUCCCAUGCAGACCCCGGCCAAGUUGGGUAUUUUUAAAUCCAAACAAAUUUUUAAUUUAAAUACAGUUGUUUUACCAGCAGAUCCAAUUUGUUUUUCAGAGUCAAAUAAAUAGUUAAAGUGGCGUGAGGUGAUGGCGGAGGAAUUUAAUACUCUUAUUUCUAUUUAUACUUGGGAAUUAGUUCCGUUUGACAAAUCUAAAAAUGUAGUGGGCUCAAAGUGGAUUUAUAAGACUAAGUACAAUUCGGAUGAGUCUACUGAGCGCCAUAAAGCUCGUCUAGUUGUUCAGAGGUUCAAUCAACGGGCUGGUGUAGAUUUUUCCAAGACUUUCAGUCCAGUCAUUAAACCCAUCACUGUCAGAGUUGUUCUUACCUUAGCUAUUUCUUUUGGGUGGGUUAUUCGUCAGUUAGAUGUUAAAAAUGCCUUUUUGCAUAGUCACCUCACUGAGGAAGUGUAUAUGCGCCAACCGCGGGGUUUUACCCAUCCAUUGUUACCUAAUCAUUUGUGUGGACUGCGAAAAGCCAUUUAUGAUCUUAAGCAGGCUCCGCGGGCAUGGUUCUAUCGGUUCAAUAGUUUUUUAUUGUCUCAUCAGUUUAUAUGCAACAAGUAUGAUAAUUCCUUGUUCAUAUACCGUCAGAAUAAUUGUGUCAUUUAUUUAUUAUUAUAUGUGGAUGACAUCAUUAUUACUGGCAACUCGUCCCUCUCUUGUUUCUUCCUUUAUUGAUCGCGUUGCUCAGUAUUUUGCUAUGAAGGAUCUUGGUGACCUUCACUAUUUUGUUGGAGUCCAGGCUAAACGUUCUGAAAAUGUUUGUUUCUCUCUCAACACAAAUAUGUUUCUGAUCUUCUCUCUCGUUUCCAUUUGCAUGCGGCUAGGCCUCUUCGCACCCCCUUGCUACUCACACUUCUCUCUCUCUCACUGAUGACAAGCUCCUUGCAGAUGGCACCAAGUAUCGUAGUACAGUUGGUGCAUUACAAUAUUUAACUUUGACACGACCUGAUAUUACCUAUGUUGUACAUUUAGUGUCUCAGUUCAUGCAUGCUCCCCAUACUACUCAUCUCUUUGUUGUCAAUAGAAUUUCAGGUAUUGGCAGGGGACCUUGGAUCACGGCUUAUGGUUACGUCCCACUACACAGGCCACAUGUGUUAUUGCCUAUUCUGGUGCUGAUUGGACUGGUUGCCCAGACACAUCUUGCUCCACGAUGGGAUUUGCUGCCUUCCUAGGGCCGAACCUGGUCUCUUGGAAGUUUAAGAAACAACACACAAUUUCUAAGUCUUCUACGACGGCAGAGUAUCGAGCUGUUGCUUACACCGUACAGGAUACUUUACACAUUCGUUCUAUUUUAUUCGAGCUUGGGUUUCCUGUGAAGGCUCCUGUUCAGUUAUUCUGUGAUAACAUCUUUGCUUCUUAUUUGACGACUUAUCCUAUUCAGCAUGCUCGUAGCAAACAUAUUCAGAUAGACUAUCACUUCGUUAGAGAACGAGUUGCACAUGAAGAUUUGGUCGUGAAAUAUAUUCCUACACAACUACAGUUGACUGAUAUUUUUACUAAAAGUCUUUCUAGUCAGCAGGUUUCAUUUUUUUAAAAGACAACAUGCGUGUUGUAUCUUCCACACAGUAUGAGGCGGUGUAAAAGAAUAGAAUAUCUUUAGGAAUAUUGUUUCCUUUUGUAUCUUGAACUCUCUUAAUAUAUAUACAUAUGUCACGACUCCUAUUGGAGAAUCUUUCCCG